GCAUGGUGGCGCGUGGCGCCGGCCGGUCUGUCGCGCCGGCUGUCAGUGUUAGUUAAGCUCGGACUGCGGACAGAGAGAGAGCGCAGGCGGGCGGGGGAGAUAGAGGCAGCAAUCAUGGCUGAGGGGGGUGAAGGAGAAGAGGAGAUCCUCUUCCUUCGAACAGAUGAUCAAGUGGUUCUUCAGUGCACUACGAGCAUUGUCAAAGCACAGAUUAAGCUCUGCCUUUCUGCUGAAGGAUUUGGAAAUCGGCUUUGCUUCCUUGAAGCAACAUCAAAUGCAAAGAAUGUGCCUCCAGACCUUGCAAUUUGCAGCUUUGUGCUGGAGCAGUCACUCUCUGUGCGAGCCCUGCAAGAGAUGUUGGCCAACACAGUUGAAAAGGGCAAUGAGCCUCUUGAUCUGGACAAAUGGUCUUCUCAGGGAGGAGGCCAUCGAACCCUUUUGUAUGGUCAUGCUAUUCUACUCCGACAUUCCCACAGUGGCAUGUAUUUAAGUUGUUUGACCACCUCAAGGUCUUUGACAGACAAAUUAUCCUUUGAUGUUGGGCUUCAAGAAGAUGCUUCAGGCGAGGCUUGCUGGUGGACCAUUCAUCCAGCCUCCAAACAGAGGUCUGAGGGUGAGAAAGUACGUGUGGGUGAUGAUCUCAUCCUCGUUAGUGUUUCCUCUGAAAGAUAUCUGCAUUUAUCCUGUGCCAGUGGAGAUUUACAGGUGGAUGCAUCCUUUAUGCAGACACUUUGGAAUAUGAACCCUAUCUGCUCAGGCUGUGAGUUGGCUGAAGGGUACUUGACUGGUGGACAUGUACUGCGCCUUUUUCACGGUCACAUGGAUGAAUGUCUCACUGUAGCAGCAUUUGAUCAAGGUGAAGAGCAGCGCAGAUUAGUUCAUUAUGAAGGUGGUGCAGUGUGCAGCCAUGCAAGAUCCUUGUGGAGAUUGGAGCCAUUACGCAUCAGUUGGAGUGGUGGACACAUGAAAUGGGGUCAGCCUUUCCGCAUUCGGCAUGUUACAACAGGCAAAUACUUGGGUCUGGAUGAGGAGAAAGGACUUUUACUUUUUGAUCAAGACAAAUCAAACACCAAAAUCACCUCAUUUUGCUUCCGUAUCUCAAAGGAUAAAAUUGAUGUUGCUCAUAAAAGGGAUAUAGAAGGCAUGGGAAUUCCUGAGAUCAAGUACGGUGAGUCGAUGUGCUUUGUCCAACAUGUGAACAGCGGACUUUGGCUGACUUACGCUGCAGCUGAUACCAAAACAGUCCGUUUGGGACCCUUGAAGAGGAAAGCUAUACUACACCAAGAGGGGCACAUGGAUGAUGCACUUUCACUGUCUCGCUCACAACAAGAGGAAUCACAGGCCUCCCGAAUGAUCUUCAGUACAAAUGGUCUCUUCAACCAAUUCAUUAAAGGCCUAGAUAUGCUCAGUGGCAAGAAUAAAUCAUCAGCUCCAGUGACGCUACCCAUUGAUUCGAUAGUGCUAAGCCUUCAAGACUUGAUCAGCUACUUUCAACAUCCAGAGGAGGAGCUUGCACAUGAAGAAAAGCAGACUAAAUUGCGCUCACUGAAGAAUAGACAGAAUUUAUUCCAGGAAGAGGGCAUGAUCCAGCUGGUAUUGGAUUCCAUUGACCGACUGAAUAUGUAUAACAGUGCAGCUCAUUUCUCAGAGUUUGCAGGAGAAGAGGCAGCUGAGUCCUGGAAAGAAAUUGUAAACCUGUAUUAUGAACUGCUGGCAUCCCUCAUCCGUGGCAAUCGCAGGAACUGUGCUCUGUUCUCUGAUAAUCUAGACUGGUUAGUCAGCAAGCUAGAUCGACUGGAGGCUUCCUCAGGUAUCCUGGAAGUGCUGUACUGUGUUUUGAUUGAAAGUCCUGAGGUUCUGAACAUCAUAACCGAAAAUCACAUCAAAUCAAUCAUCUCCCUGUUGGACAAACAUGGACGAAAUCACAAGGUGUUAGAUGUGCUGCGCUCUCUCUGUGUCUGCAACGGCGUGGCUGUACGAUCCAACCAAAAUCUUAUUACGGAGAAUUUACUUCCAGGUCGUGACCUGCUGCUCCAAACAAACAUGAUUAAUUAUGUCACAAGCAUGAGGCCUAAUAUCUUUGUGGGUAUAUGUGAAGGUUCUACACAAUACAAGAAAUGGUACUUUGAACUGAUGGUGGAUUAUGUUGAUCCAUUUUUAAUGCCACAGCCUGUUCAUCUGCGAGUGGGCUGGGCUUUAACAGAGGGUUACAGCCCUUACCCAGGAGGAGGUGAGGGCUGGGGAAGUAAUGGAGUUGGAGAUGAUUUGUAUUCUUAUGGUUUUGAUGGACUUCAUCUGUGGUCAGGACAUAUUGCCAAGACAGUUGCUUCACCCGAUGCACACAGUCUUGCUGCUGAUGAUGUAGUUAGCUGCUGUCUUGAUUUGAGUGUCCCCAGUAUCUCUUUUCGGAUUAAUGGCCAUCCCGUGCAAGGCAUGUUUGAAAAUUUUAACGUUGAUGGCCUCUUCUUUCCUGUGGUUAGCUUUUCUGCAGGAGUUAGAUUGUGUGUCAUAUUUCUAUGGGGAUCGGUGAAGCUUAGUGAGAUUAUUGUCCUACCGCCUCACCUGGAGAGGAUACGAGAGAAAUUAGCUGAAAAUAUCCAUGAACUUUGGUCUUUGACAAAGAUUGAGUUGGGUUGGACAUAUGGAAUAAUUCGAGAUGACAACAAGAAACUGCAUCCUUGUUUGGUGGAGUUUAACAAACUGCCCGAGGCUGAGAGAAACUACAACUUACAAAUGUCAGGUGAAACUCUGAAAACCCUGUUAGCGCUGGGUUGCCAUGUUGGAAUGGCUGAUGAAAAGGCAGAAGAAAAUCUGAAGAAAAUUAAAUUGGCCAAAUCGUACCUGAUGUCAAAUGGAUACAAGCCUGCUCCACUUGACCUUGCCCAUGUCAAACUGACUCCAGCUCAAAAUACUCUGGUGGACAAAUUGGCUGAAAAUGGUCAUAACGUCUGGGCAAGGGACCGCAUCCGUCAAGGAUGGACAUACAGUAUUUUGCAGGAUAUUGGUAAUAAGAGAAAUCCUCGCCUUGUACCAUACAACCUCCUGGAUGAACGUACUAAGAAAACAAACAGAGACAGUUUGAAUGAGGCUGUCCGCACCCUGAUUGGUUAUGGCUACAAUAUCGAGCCACCAGAUCAAGAAGCCACUGCCCAUGUCCCAGGUAUAACUCGGAAUGAAAAGGUUCGGCUGUUCCGUGCUGAGAAGUCAUAUGCAGUGAAGAGUGGCAAAUGGUACUUUGAAUUUGAAGCUGUGACCAUAGGAGAAAUGAGAGUAGGAUGGGCACGACCCGAAUGUAGACCUGACCUACCAUUAGGAGCUGAUGAUCUUGCUUUUGUUUUUAAUGGAUUUAAGGGUCAGCGCUGGCAUAUAGGGAGUGAACCAUUUGGUCGUACGUGGCAGUCAGGUGAUGUGGUUGGUUGCAUGAUUGACCUACAUGAAAUGAACAUCAUGUUCACACUUAAUGGAGAGAUGCUUAUCAGAGACUCUGGGUCUGAGUUGGCUUUCAAAGACAUCGAAAUAGGCGAUGGAUUUGUUCCAGUGUGCAGCCUGGGCCUUUCUCAGGUCGGACGCAUUAACCUGGGCCAAGACGUUAGCAGCCUGAGAUAUUUCACCAUAUGCGGUUUGCAAGAAGGCUUUGAACCCUUUGCUGUAAAUAUGAAACGGCCCAUCACAAUGUGGUUCAGCAAAAGUUUGCCUCAGUUUGUUCCAGUUCCCACUGAUCACAGUCAUGUUGAGGUUACAAGAAUUGAUGGAACAGUUGACAGCCCUCCUUGCUUGAAAGUUUCUCAUAAAACAUUUGGGUCUCAGAACAGCAACACUGACAUGCUGUUCUUGCGCCUCAGCCUGCCCGUUGAGUUCCAUGAUACAUUCAAGUGCACCCCUGGCACUACACCAUUGACUAGAAUGACAAUCCCAGAGGAAGAAGUUGAAGAUAUUGAUGUGGACUCAGAAUUUGAAGUUCUGAAAAAGUCAGCCAGUCGGACACAAACGGAAACGCCGACCAAUGAAAAGGAUCUCCCAAAGGAAGCACCCAAAGAGGUGGCCAAGACCGAAAAUGAUAAGGAUUCCUCCUCUGAGAAAAGUAAAACGAAAUCGAGGUUCCUAUUUAAAAAGAAACCUGCCUUUAUUGCUCCACCUCCAGUUAUACCAACUGUCCCUCGCCUGAUAGAGGAUGUUGUGCCUGAUGACAGGGAUGACCCUGAGAUUAUUUUGAACACAACAACGUAUUACUAUUCUGUGAGGAUAUUUGCUGGACAGGAACCAGGAGGAGUGUGGGUUGGUUGGGUAACCCCUGACUUUCAUCAACACGAUGGCAACUUUGAUUUAACUAAAGUUCGCACAGUAACUGCCUCAGUAGGAGAUGACCAAGGCAAAGUCCAUGACAGUAUUAAGCGGAGCAACUGUUACAUGGUCUGGGGAGGUGAAUUUAGCAAUUCCCAACAAGCAAGCCGCAGUAAUGUUGAUCUGGAGAUUGGCUGCCUUGUUGAUUUAGCAACUGGUCUCAUGACAUUCACCGCAAAUGGGAAAGACAUCAACACCUACUACCAGGUUGAACCAAGUAAGAAGUUAUUCCCUGCAGUCUUUGUUCAGCCUUCUAGCCAGAACAUGUUCCAGUUUGAGCUUGGAAAGCUGAAGAAUAUUAUGCCUAUUUCAUCAGCUAUGUUUAAGAGUGAGCGAAAGAACACCAUCCCCCAGUGUCCUCCAAGACUUGAUGUCCAAAUGAUCACACCAGUAGUGUGGAGUCGGGUGCCAAAUGAUUUUUUGAGUGCGGAAACAGCACGGAUCAGUGAGCGACAUGGCUGGAUGGUAGAAUGCUUAGAGCCACUUAUUAUGAUGGCACUGCAUAUUCCUGAGGAGAACAGGUGUAUUGACAUCUUGGAGCUUUCUGAACAUAAAGAUCUACUGCAAUUCCACUACCACACAUUGCUGCUGUACUGUGCAGUGUGUGCAUUGGGCAACAACCGGGUUGCCCAUGCCAUAUGUAGCCAUGUUGAUGAAUUUCAGCUACUUUACACGAUUGAGAACACGUAUCUACCAGGGCUCCUGCGUAGUGGCUAUUAUGAUCUACUUAUUAGUGUCCAUCUAGAGUCAGCUAAACGAUCGCGAUUAAUGAUGAAUAAUGAGUUUAUUGUCCCAAUGACUGAAGAUACAAAACAAAUUACAUUGUUCCCAGGAGAGAGCAAAGUUUACGGCCUACCUGGUGUAGGAGUUACCACGUGCUUGAGACCACCUCUACAUUUUGCCUCUUUAUCUUUUGUUGGUACUAGUAACGAUCGUUACCAAUUCAGUCCUGAGAUCCCACUAGACAUUCUCAAAACCAAAGCCAUUAACAUGCUGACAGAGGCUGUCCAGGAUGGUGGGCAGCACACAAGGGAUCCAGUGGGUGGAAGUGUGGAAUUUCAGUUUGUGCCAGUACUCAAACUUGUUAGCACUCUCCUCAUUAUGGGGGUCUUCGAUGAUGAAGACGUUAAGCACAUACUGAAGAUGAUUGAACCUAAUGUGUUUGCUGAGGUCAAGGAGGAAGUUGAAAAGAGUGAGGAUGAAAGUGCUAAGGAUGAAGAAGUACCAACUGCUGAAGAAGAAGGAGAAGCAGAAGAAGCUGGAGAGAAAGAAAGAGAGAAAGAUGAACAUGAAGAGGUAGAAGAGUCCAAGGAGGACAAGACUGUGGAAGAAGGCGAAGAAACAAAGGAGGAAGAAUUGAAGGAAGGACUUUUGCAGAUGAAACUGCCUGAGUCUGUCAAAUUACAGAUGUGCAAACUUUUGCAAUUCUUCUGUGACUGUGAACUUCGACACCGGGUUGAAUCAAUUGCUUCGUUAGCUGAUAAAUUUGUGAAUAAAAUGCAAACAGAUCAGAAGGAACGCUACCGAGAGCUCAUGUUAUCUUUUAACAUGUCAGCAGCUGAAACUGCCAGAAAAACAAGGGAAUUCCGUUCACCCCCUCAAGAGCAGAUUAACAUGUUGAUGAAUUUUAAAAUGGAGAUAGAUGAAGAAGAUUGCCCUCUUUCAGAUAAUGUGAAAGAGGUGUUACUCGAAUUCCACACCAAACUUCUUACUCAUUGUGGCAUUCAAAUAGAAGAAGAGGAGGAAGAGGAAGAAACAGAUACAUCACUCAAAGGCCGCUUGCUAAAUCUUGUUGAGAAAGUCAAGGGUUUAAGAAAGAAGAAAGAGGUUGAAGAUACCGGAACUGAAGAAGAAGAGAAGACACCCAGUACACUGCAGGAGUUGAUCUCUCAUACAGUAGUGCAUUGGGCCCAAGAAGCCUUCAUCCAGAAUCCAGAACUCGUGCGUUUGAUGUUCAGCUUGCUGCACAGACAGUAUGAUGGUGUUGGUGAGCUUAUCCGCGCUAUGCCUAAGGCAUACAUCAUUAAUGCUACAUCUGUCGAGGACACGAUGAAUUUGCUAGAAUGCCUGGGCCAGAUCCGUUCAUUGCUCAUUGUCCAAAUGGGUCCAGAGGAAGAGAGGCUCAUGAUUCAGAGCAUUGGAAACAUUAUGAACAAUAAAGUCUUCUAUCAACAUCCCAACUUAAUGCGUGCUUUGGGCAUGCAUGAAACUGUAAUGGAAGUAAUGGUGAACGUGUUGGGAGGUGGUGAUUCGAAGGAGAUACGGUUUCCCAGGAUGGUUACAAACUGCUGCCGAUUCCUGUGCUAUUUCUGUCGCAUCAGUCGCCAGAAUCAGAGAGCUAUGUUUGAUCAUCUAAGCUACCUACUAGAUAAUAGUGGCAUUGGACUUGGUAUGAGGGGGUCCACUCCACUUGAUGUUGCAGCUGCUUCAUGCAUUGACAAUAAUGAACUUGCCUUGGCUUUGCGGGAGCCUGAUCUGGAAAAGGUGGUGACAUACCUGGCAGGAUGUGGACUGCAAAGCUGCCCAAUGCUUCUGGCAAAAGGAUAUCCAGAUAUUGGAUGGAACCCUGUUGGAGGAGAGCGUUAUCUGGACUUUUUGCGGUUUGCUGUAUUCGUUAAUGGAGAAAGUGUAGAAGAAAACGCCAAUGUUGUUGUGCGUUUAUUGAUCCGUCGCCCUGAAUGCUUUGGACCAGCCCUCAGGGGUGAAGGUGGGAGUGGCUUGCUAGGAGCCAUUGAGGAUGCCAUCAAGAUUUCUGAGGAUCCUGCCCGUGAUGGACCAACAGUCAAGAAAGAUCGUAGACGGGAAUUGUUUAGUGAAGAAGUCCAUGAAGAAAAUCGUGUCCAUCUGGGUAAUGCCAUCAUGUCUUUCUACUCCGCACUGAUUGAUCUGUUGGGCCGGUGUGCUCCAGAGAUGCAUCUGAUCCAGGCUGGAAAAGGUGAAGCAUUGCGAAUUCGGGCAAUCCUGCGAUCCCUGGUUCCUAUUGAAGAUUUGGUUGGCGUUAUCAGUUUGCCUCUACAGAUACCUGCUUUUGGAAAAGAUGGGAACCUUGUUGAACCUAAAAUGUCAGCCAGCUUUGUUCCUGACCAUAAGGCUCCCAUGGUGCUGUUCCUGGAUCGAGUCUACGGGAUAGAAAAUCAGGAUUUUCUCCUUCAUGUACUGGAGGUUGGCUUCUUACCUGAUAUGAGAGCUGCUGCAUCCUUGGAUACUGUUGCUUUCAGUACCACUGAGAUGGCACUCGCUUUGAACCGCUACCUUUGUACUGCAGUCCUUCCUCUGAUAACUAAAUGUGCACCACUGUUUGCUGGAACGGAACAUCGAGCCAUUAUGAUUGAUUCUAUGCUGCACACCAUUUACCGACUGUCCAGGGGCCGUUCCCUAACAAAGGCACAAAGAGAUGUGAUUGAAGCAUGCCUCAUGGCAUUGUGCAGCUACCUCAGGCCAUCAAUGCUACAACACUUACUUCGUCGACUGGUGUUUGAUGUACCGAUAUUAAAUGAAUAUGCCAGGAUGCCAUUAAAGUUGCUAACAAAUCAUUAUGACAGAUGUUGGAAAUACUACUGUCUUCCAUCCGGAUGGGCAAAUUAUGGAGUGACAUCUGAGGAAGAACUCCACCUAACUCGUAAACUCUUCUGGGGAAUCUUUGAGUCAGUGUCACAGAAGAAAUAUGAUACUGACUUAUUCAAGGCCGUGAUGCAGUGUCUGUGUGCAAUAGCUGGUGCACUGCCACCAGAUUAUGUUGAUGCCAGCUAUUCCUCCAAAGUCGAAAAAAAAGCUUCAGUGGAUGCAGAAGGCAACUUUGACCCAAAACCUGUCGACACAAUGAAUGUCAUAAUUCCUGAAAAGCUGGACUCUAUUAUCAACAAGUAUGCAGAGUAUACACAUGACAAGUGGGCUUUUGAGAAGAUACAAAAUAACUGGAGUUAUGGUGAAACUAUUGAUGAAGAAGCCCAGACCCAUCCAUGGUUAAGACCAUAUAAAACAUUCUCUGAAAAGGACAGGGAAAUAUAUAGAUGGCCAAUUAAGGAAUCUCUAAAAGCUAUGAUUGCCUGGGAAUGGACGAUUGAAAAAGCAGGCGAGGGAGUGGAAAAGAGUGAGAAAGGAGAGAAGAAAACCCGCAAGAUUUCACAAUCCGCCCAGAUGGUCUAUGAUCCUAGUCAUGGAUACAAUCCACAACCCCCUGAGCUGCUGAACAUGACAUUGUCUCGUGAAUUGCAGUCGAUGGCAGAGCAACUCGCAGAAAAUUACCACAACACAUGGGGUCGUAAGAAGAAGCUAGAGUUGCAAGCUAAAGGUGGUGGAACCCAUCCACUUUUGGUUCCGUAUGACACACUGACUGCUAAAGAGAAAGCUCGAGACAGAGAGAAAGCUUACGAAUUGCUCAAAUUCUUGCAAAUGCAUGGCUAUGCUGUAACAAGAGGGUUGAAGGACAUGGAACUGGACACGUCCUCCAUUGAGAAGAGAUUUGCCUAUGGUUUUCUGAAGAAAUUGUUGCAGUGGUUGGACAUAGCUCAAGAGUUUGUUGCACAUAUAGAGGCUGUUGUAAGCAGUGGAAGAGUUGAGAAAUCACCCCAUGAGCAGGAAAUCAAAUUCUUUGCAAAGAUUUUACUCCCUUUGAUAAAUCAAUACUUCAAGAAUCAUUGCUUAUACUUCCUUUCUACCCCAGCUCAACUCUUGGGCAGUGGAGGACAUUCCUCAAACAAAGAGAAGGAGAUGAUAGCCAGUAUCUUCUGCAAACUCGCAGCCUUGAUCAGACAUAGAGUCUCCCUCUUUGGUACUGAUGCUUCUGCAGUUAUAAACUGUUUGCAUAUUUUGGGAAGAUCUUUAGAUGCCAGGACUGUAAUGAAAUCUGGACCUGAAAUAGUGAAAGCAGGCCUGCGGUCAUUUUUUGAAGGAGCCUCCGAAGAUAUUGAGAAAACUGUGGAGAAUCUGAAGCUUGGCAAAGUCUCUCAAAGUCGAACACAAGUGAAAGGAGUUGCUCAGAAUGUCAAUUACACCACUGUGGCUCUUUUGCCUGUACUUACCUCAUUGUUUGAUCACUUGGCACAGCAUCAAUUUGGAGAUGAUAUCAUAUUGGAUGACGUUCAAGUCUCUUGCUAUCGAAUCUUGUCCAGUAUUUAUUCUCUUGGAACCACAAAGAACCCUUAUGUGGAAAGACAGCGUCCCUCUCUGGGUGAAUGCCUUGCCCGACUUGCAGCUGCUAUGCCAGUGGCUUUCCUUGAACACCAUCUAAAUGAUCAUAAUGUAUACUCAGUUUACAACACUAAAACAGCACGGGAGAGAGCCAUUUUGGGUUUGCCAAGUAGUGUUCAUGAAAUGUGUUCCGAUAUUCCUGACUUGGACUAUCUCAUGAAAGAAAUUAAUGAUCUCGCAGAGUCUGGUGCUCGUUACACUGAGAUGCCACAUGUUAUUGAAAUUACACUUCCUAUGCUGUGUAACUACCUGCCACGGUGGUGGGACCAUGGAUUUGACAAUAUUCCUGAUGAAAACACAACAUGCUGCACUAGUGUGACCUCUGAGCACCUUAAUGCCCUUCUGGGAAAUAUUCUGAAAAUCAUAGUUAACAACUUGGGCAUUGAUGAAGCAUCGUGGAUGAAAAGACUUGCAGUUUUUGCUCAACCAAUUAUCAGCAAGGCCAAACCAGAAUUGCUGAAAUCCCAUUUUAUCCCAACCAUGGAAAAGUUAAAGAAGAGAUCAGCGAAGGUGGUAGCUGAAGAGGAUCAACUACGCAUGGAGGGCAAGGGUGACAUUGUGGAGAGCGAAUUACUAAUUCGAGAUGAAUUUUCUGUCCUCUGUCGGGAUUUAUAUGCAUUGUACCCUCUCCUGAUUCGCUAUGUGGACAAUAAUAGGGCACAGUGGUUAACGGAACCAAACCCUGAUGCUGAAGAGCUCUUCAGAAUGGUGGGAGACAUCUUCAUAUUGUGGUCAAAGUCACAUAAUUUCAAACGAGAAGAGCAGAACUUUGUGGUGCAAAAUGAAAUCAACAAUAUGUCGUUUCUCACUGCAGACAGCAAAAGCAAGAUGUCCAAGGCUGGAGAGGAUGGACAGUCUGGAGGAUCUGACCAGGAAAGAACAAAAAAGCAGAAAAGAGGGGAUCGUUACUCCGUUCAGACAUCACUGAUUGUAGCAACCCUUAAAAAAAUGCUUCCUAUUGGCUUGAACAUGUGUUCACCUGCUGACCAAGAGUUGAUUAACAUAGCCAAAACAAGAUAUGCCCUGAAAGAUACAGAUGAAGAAGUAAGAGAGUUUCUUCAGGGUAAUCUCCACUUGCAAGGAAAGUGUGAAAAUUCUUCAGCUAUGCGUUGGCAGAUGGCAUUGUACAAGGACAUGGCUGGCAAGGCUGAAGAUAGCAAUAACCCUGACAAGAUUGUGAAGAGAGUGCAGGAAGUCUCUGCAGUCCUGUUUCACUUGGAGCAGACAGAACAUCCUUUCAAGUCCAAGAAGAUGGUUUGGUACAAGCUGUUGUCCAAGCAGCGCAGAAGAGCUGUGGUAGCAUGUUUCAGAAUGACUCCACUGUAUAAUUUACCAAGGCACCGCGCAUCUAACCUCUUCAUCGAAAGUUAUAGAAAUUCCUGGAUUGACACCGAGGAGCAUUCGUUUGAAGAUAAACUAAUAGAUGAUCUGGCUAAAUCAGGUGAAGAGGAAGAGGAGGAGGAAGAAACAGAGGAGACAAAACCUGAUCCACUCCAUCAGUUGAUUCUACACUUUAGCCGUACUGCUCUGACUGAGAAAAGCAAACUAGAAAUGGACCAUCUCUACAUGUCAUAUGCCGAUAUCAUGGCAAAGAGUUGUCAUAUUAAAGAGGAAGGUGCUGAGGAAGAAGAUGAGGAAGCUGUAGAGCUAACCUUUGAAGAAAAAGAGAUGGAGAAACAAAGACUCCUCUACCAGCAAUCCAGAUUGCACAGCCGGGGAGCUGCUGAGAUGGUUCUACAAAUGAUCAGCGCAUGCAAAGGUGAGCCGGGUGCAAUGGUUUCCUCAACCCUGAAACUUGGUAUUUCCAUUCUGAAUGGUGGUAAUUGUGAGGUUCAACAGAAAAUGCUAGACUACCUGAAAGAGAAAAAGGAUAUUGGUUUCUUCCAAAGCGUGCAAGCUCUCAUGCAAACCUGCAGCGUGCUCGAUCUCAAUGCUUUUGAAAGACAAAAUAAGGCUGAAGGUCUAGGCAUGGUCACAGAAGAUGGAACCAUCAUCAAACGUGAAAGUGGUGAGAAGGUGAUGUCAGAUGAUGAAUUUACUCAAGAUCUCUUCAGGUUUCUACAGUUGCUCUGUGAAGGACAUAACAAUGAUUUCCAGAAUUACCUGCGAACUCAAACAGGUAAUACCACAACUAUCAACAUCAUUAUCUGCACUGUCGACUACCUGCUUCGUCUACAGGAAUCCAUCAGCGAUUUCUAUUGGUACUACUCUGGGAAGGAUGUUGUUGAUGAACCAGGAAAAAGAAAUUUCUCCAAGGCUAUGGCAGUAGCUAAACAAGUGUUUAACAGCCUUACUGAAUAUAUUCAGGGUCCGUGCACUGGUAACCAGCAGAGCCUGGCUCACAGCAGAUUGUGGGAUGCAGUUGUUGGAUUUCUUCAUAUCUUUGCACACAUGAUGAUGAAGCUCGCACAGGAUUCUAGCCAGAUUGAAUUGUUGAAGGAGCUCCUGGACUUACAGAAAGACAUGGUAGUGAUGCUGCUUUCAUUACUGGAAGGAAAUGUUGUGAAUGGCACUAUCGCUAAACAAAUGGUGGAUAUGUUGGUGGAGUCUUCUAGUAAUGUUGAAAUGAUCCUGAAGUUCUUUGACAUGUUCCUGAAACUGAAGGACAUUGUGGCGUCUGAUGCAUUCAAAGAUUAUGUGACUGAUCCCAGAGGGCUCAUCUCAAAGAAGGAUUUCCAUAAGGCCAUGGACAGCCAGAAACAAUACACACCUUCUGAGAUCCAGUUCUUACUAUCGUGCUCAGAAGCAGAUGAGAAUGAGAUGAUAAACUAUGAGGAAUUUGCAAACCGAUUCCAAGAGCCAGCCAAAGAUAUUGGUUUUAACAUAGCUGUGUUACUCACAAACCUAUCUGAACAUGUGCCUCAUGACACAAGGCUGCAAAAUUUCUUGGAAUUGGCAGAGAGCAUCCUCACCUAUUUCCAGCCUUUCUUAGGCCGCAUUGAGAUCAUGGGUGCCAGUAAGAAAAUAGAGCGUAUUUACUUUGAGAUUAGUGAAGCCAAUAAAACUCAGUGGGAAAUGCCUCAAGUCAAAGAGUCUAAGCGACAGUUUAUCUUUGAUGUGGUGAACGAAGGUGGGGAAUCUGAAAAGAUGGAACUCUUUGUCAACUUCUGUGAGGAUACCAUCUUUGAAAUGCAAAUUGCUUCAAAGAUCUCUGAAACAGAUGAGGGGGAAAAGUCAGAAGAUGAGGAAGAGGAAGGGGAGACCGUUGAGAUGAUAGAGGCUGAGAAAGCCUCUUCUCCAGGUGAGGCACCAUCUGCCUUUGCAGCAUUCCUUAGCAGUGUUGUUGACUUUUUUAAAAUAUUCACCUUUAAGAAUAUCAGAAAAAAAUACCGUAAAAUAAAGAAAAUGACAAUUAAAGAGAUGGUGAUGGCCCUGGUGACCUUCUUCUGGACUUUGUUCAUUGGCAUUUUACAAUUUAUCUAUAGCAUCUGCAGUGGCUUCUUCAUGAUAGUAUGGAACACCUUGUUUGGAGGUGGUUUAGUUGAAGGGGCCAAACAUCUGACAGUUACUGAACUCCUGGCUAGUAUGCCUGAUCCUACUCAGGAUGAGGUCCAUGCUGAUCUUCCUGACAUUAGUAAGGCAGAGGUUGAGGAAAUGACUGUGCAAUUGGAGUUUGAAGAUCAAGCUAAAGAAGAGGAAGCAUCUGAGAAGCCUGAUACAAAAAGAGAAAGCGGCCAAUUAAGGAUGAGCUCCCCAGAGUCGAGCCUGGGACUUGGUGACAUUGUGGAGUCCACACCAGUCGAACCUCCAACCCCUGAGGGAACACCACCAAGUUUCAGAAAAGUGAGGCAACAGAUUGAAUCUGAAAUAGAAACCAAGGAAGAAGAUCAACUCAAGACUGAAGCUGAGAAAGCAGACACUGAGAAUGGUGAAAAGGCUGAGAAGGAUAUGAAAGAAAAAGAAGUGCUAGAACAAUCUGAAGAAACAGGGGAAAAGGCAGAAGGAGAAGGAGAAAAGGAGGCAGGAGAAGGAGAAAAGGAGGCAGGAGAAGGAGAAAAAGCUAAAGAAGAAGAAGAAAAAGAAGAAGAAUCCGUUACACCAGCAAGGAAGAUGAGGAAGAAGGCCAAGCAGGAGAGCAAAAAGGAGGAACCAGAAGCAGUAAUGGAGUUCUGGAAUGAGUUUGAGAAUUACAAGACUAAGCUCUUGAAUUAUUUGUCAAGGAAUUUCUACAAUCUCCGCUUCCUGGCUUUGUUUGUGGCGUUUGCAAUCAACUUUAUCCUCCUUUUCUACAAGGUGACACAACUGGAAGACGAAGAAGACUUGGAGGGAACAGGUUUUGAGGAUGAUAUGGUUAGCGCUGGUUUUGGAAAUGGAAAUGGGAAUGGAGAUGAAGAGGAGGAAGAGGACGACGAGGAUUCAUUGGUUUAUUUUGUCCUUGAAGAAAGUACAGGUUAUAUGGCACCAACACUGAAAGCCCUCUCCCUUCUUCACACCCUACUCUCUUUUCUCUGCAUUAUCGGAUAUAACUAUUUGAAGGUUCCUUUGGUCAUCUUCAAACGAGAGAAAGAGCUUGCCAGGAAAUUGGAAUUUGAUGGUUCGUACAUUACAGAACAACCUGCAGACGAUGAUAUUAAAGGGCAGUGGGAUCGGCUAGUACUCAAUACACCGUCAUUCCCAAAUAACUAUUGGGACAAGUUUGUCAAAAGAAAGGUACUAGAUAAGUAUGGUGAUAUCUAUGGCAGGGAGCGUAUUGCAGAGCUACUGGGAAUGGAUAUGAGUGCCUUGGAUGUGACUGUGCCUCAGGAGAAAAAACCAGCAACUGACAACUCGGUUCUUUCAUGGAUCACAUCCUUAGACAUCAAAUACCAAAUAUGGAAGUUUGGGGUGAUCUUCACUGAUAACUCUUUCCUAUACCUCUGCUGGUACAUGGUGAUGUCAGCCCUUGGGCAUUACAAUAGCUUCUUCUUUGCUGCUCAUCUUCUGGACAUUGCUAUGGGUGUCAAGACCCUUCGCACCAUCCUAUCUUCUGUAACUCACAAUGGAAAGCAGUUGAUGAUGACUGUGGGUCUGCUAGCUGUUGUCGUGUACCUCUACACAGUGGUGGCUUUCAACUUUUUCCGCAAAUUUUAUAACAAGAGUGAGGAUGAAGAUGAUCCAGAUAUGAAGUGCGAUGACAUGAUGACAUGCUACCUCUUCCACAUGUACGUAGGCGUACGAGCGGGUGGUGGUAUUGGUGAUGAGAUUGAAGACCCAGCAGGGGAUGAGUAUGAGCUCUAUCGUGUUGUCUUUGACAUUACCUUCUUCUUCUUCGUCAUUGUUAUCCUCCUGGCUAUCAUCCAAGGUUUGAUUAUUGACGCUUUUGGUGAGCUGAGAGAUCAGCAGGAGCAAGUGAAAGAGGACAUGGAGACCAAAUGCUUCAUUUGUGGAAUUGGCAGUGACUACUUUGAUACAACGCCACACGGGUUUGAAACGCACACUUUGGAGGAGCACAAUUUAGCAAAUUACAUGUUCUUCCUGAUGUACCUGAUUAAUAAAGAUGAAACUGAGCACACGGGUCAGGAAUCCUACGUUUGGAAAAUGUACCAGGAACGGUGCUGGGAUUUCUUCCCGGCUGGUGACUGUUUCCGGAAGCAGUAUGAAGAUCAGUUGGGAUAAAGGAGUCUCUGGAACUAACACAGUGACUGUCAAAAUAUUACACUUGUAAUGACCUUUGAAUUUUACCUGGUUCCUUGCUAAAGUUUGUGAAUUGUGUGUCACUGCUUCUUGCUGUGAGACAAAUGUUUGUUUAAAAAAAAAAGGACAAAUACCUGAAGUGAAUUUUAUUACAUAGACUGUUUUUUUUUAAACAAAGUACCUGGACCGGUCUUGAUUGCGUAUGAAAACUGGACAUUGCUGCUUUUGCACACUUGAACCAGUUAAUGAGCCUUGAUAUAGAUUUGUACUUUAGUAUACAAUGAAAAGCCUGGAUAAAUAUUUUGUCUAACAUUUUUGUGAAUGGGAAGAAAGGUUGAAAAUAAGUGCCUUAGCCUUAUCCUGUAAUAAGUUAUAUUGAACGAAGGCCUUUUUAUCUUUUCUUCUGCAAAUUUUAGUAGCCUAGUCAGAGCCAUAAUAGCUGCCUCCAACUUUCAACUGUUACUUCAGUACUGACCACUGAAAUAGCUAUUAAAUUUCGAGCAGUUGUUUUGUGCUUGCAAUAUUAUUAAUCAUAAUGAUUUUUGGUGGAGUUCCCAAAAUCUAAUUACUGUCAUCAAAAGACAUGCUAAGUAGGGCAGGAAAUGUUUUCUGAAAAGUAGUCGGAACAAUGAGAUAUCUUCAACUGCUCUACCUAAAAGUUCCCAUCUGGACAUGUUUUCCAUUGCACCCUAUGCAUUUGUUUAUAACUGAUUGCAAAAACAGUGACAAAUACCAAAACUUGUAGCAAAGGUUCACCCUCAUGAAGGCUGGAAUGUAUUUUUUUAAUACGUUUUGAAAAUGUAUGCUCUAAUUUUAAGUAUUGCAUUGGAUCCCUGAAACAAAAGUUGAAAUGAUUAUUCUAAUUAAUUUACCUUGUGAAGGUAUCUUUAAGGUAUCAAGUAUUUAUUUAAUUUGCUAUUUGUGUUUGCUAAUCUUUUGAGUUUAUGUUCUGUUUAAUGUAAUUUAUUGUGACAGUUUCAUCUUGUGUAUGAGAAGGGUGUGAGAGUUCUUAAGCAGCCUGCUCCCAGCAUUCUGAAUCUGGGGUCGGUAUGGUUAAAGCUUUCUUAGUACACCUUUCAAAAGCAGCUGCAAAGGUUCCUUUGUCCUGAUUGCUUCAAAAGGGAUGAUAACUAUAGCACUUCAAAACCCAGCCUCUGGUUUACAGUUUUCUCUCAAACUGACUUUCUUCAAGAAUCAGGAUACAGACUUUUUUUUUCCCCAAGUGAUGUGUUUACUUCACAUUAAACAUCUGUGAAUCUCUUGACUGUUCCCCUCAAAAGGUUAAAGCUAUUGAGGAACAGCAGAUGAGGACAUUCCUCAGACAACCUGUCCAAGUAAACCCAUGCUAAAGUUUAUUUUUGUUAAAAAAGGAAGUGUUUUUAUGCUGGAAAUGAUGAAUUAUAGAAAAACUCAAUUGCGAUUAAUUAAUAUUAAUGCACUUCACAAAUAAGGCUGCACUAUCCAUCUGUGGCCUUUUGUGUACAUUAUCCAUGUCCAGUUUUUCACCCAGUUCUGUUUGAGAAACAUGAAAAUAAUGUAGGUUGAAUUAUGUGAAUGCACCUAAGUUGGCAAAUAAAAUCCAACUUGCUUAAACUGUCUGUGCUAAUUAUCAUUCAUUAAAGCUUUAGCUCUGAGGAAGCCAACUCCAUUCCCAUCCCGGCAUGUGCAGAUAAAACUAGUUUGCUCAUCAUUGUUCAGCUGCGUAAGAAGGAAAAUAACCAGGGCAGUAAAUAUGCCUCAUGAUUUAGAAAGAGCUUUAAUUGAGCAGAGAUGUGUAAUUCAUGUCAGGCAAUUUUGUUUUACAUUGUACUGAGAACUUUGGAGGAAUGAGAGGCUCUUGUGAAGCAGACCUGCACCUCAAAGCAGUGUUACAAGCUGGUUAAAUAAAUUGGUUACAUUCUGCAAA